AUGUCAUCGAUUUACGUGUUUGCGCUGUCGUUGGUAUGCGUUAUCGCUUCGGCCGUUAUCGGUAUAGCCGCUUCCGAGUCACCACCGGGACAACAACAACAACAAAUACCUCAACAGCGGCAAGAGGACGACGUGGGUUCGAUGGGAUUGGGCGCGGUCCUGUGGUCGGUGUUAGACGACUGUUACGGCGACGUCGAUUCGGUCACAGUGUGUCUCAAGUCCAAAGCGUUGACGGCCCAUGACCGGGCACCAGGAAAGCCAGCCCUGACCUCAGUGGACGGCGUGACGUUGGCCUUCAGGGCUGGAAAGUCACUGGACGUCGAUCCGCAGGCUGACCUGGCAGAUCGCGCUGCCCUGGACGCCGCUCCGGACGCUGACAGCAAGAACGUCCUGCUGAACGACAUGCUGGCCAACCGCAUUGACAGGCUCAUGUCCACCAGGACCGUCGAGCUGGACGGAGCCGGCCAAGAAGGUGAGCGCCGUCGUAUAGAAUAA